UUCAAAUUUCAAAACUUCCCAAAAAUACGUGUGAAGCAUCCUCUUGCAUGCGCGCACACACAUAGACACACACUCACAGAUCCGUAACACACAGUGUUAUGUAUGAGACCAUCUGGAUCUAUUCCCAAUACAGAACACAUUCCAUUCUUUUCUCUUGGUCACACCCCUCUCCAUUGGGGAUUGGUCACGCCGACCCCCUCCUUGGCAUUGCUCGGCCCCUAAGAGGCCCAGCUGCCUGCCAAUCCCCACGGGCUGUCAAAACAAGUCUCCCUCCCUGUCACAACAGAGAGGAGUGGUGGAGGCAGCCGCCGAGCCACUUCCUGCUUGCUCUCCCAGCUCGCUCGUUUGCUCGCCGCCUCGCUCUCUGGAAGGCAGGUGGGCGGGGUGCUCCCGUGCAGCGCUCGCUCGCUUCAGCUCCUUCUGCGCUCUGGCACAUACUUAUCUCAAGGAGGCCACUUUGAAAAGGCGCCUUGGAGUCUUUUGUUUGGUGGCGAGCGAAGCGUUUGCAUAGCAUUUUUUGGCAGCCGGACACCUCCCUUCUUCCUCGUCCUUCUCCCUCUCUCUCUUUCUGUUCCCCGAUCUUCCUCUAUCUUUCCAAAUCAAGUUUAUAUCCUCUCUCCUCUUCCCAGGCUCCCUUCUCGCUCCCCUUUCUAUAAUCUGACUCGUUGGGGGAAGGAGUUCCAAGGACUGCUCAUCCAGAGUAAUGUCUCUUCUCGAGAAAGUUGCAGUGGCUGCCUCGGGGCAGUGAAAACAAAGUCUGGAGGGUCGACUUUGGGGUGCAUGUUUGCUUGUGGGUGGAGGGGUGGAUUCCGAUAUCCCUAAGUCCCCUCUACCCCGGGAGAAGCCCGAAGCUGGUACCACGAUGGCCGAAGGUACGACCUGCAGAGAAGGUCCCUCCUCAUCCGAGAUGAACCAUGGGGAGGAGGAUACUCAGGUGUGCACAGAUCCUGCAUCCUUGGAAGGACUACCGGCGGGGGCUGCUGGACGCCGAAGAGACCGCAGAAGUGGACUUUCGUUGCCAGCCUCAGCGGGCACCUCUGCAUCUGAUUGCGAAGCUAGUCUCCUGGAAGCUGCCCGGGUGACACCUCGGCGAAGUAGCAUUAUCAAGGAUCCUUCAAACCAAAAAUGUGGAAGAAAGAAGACCGUGUCAUUCAGCAGUAUGCCAUCGGAAAAGAAAAUCAGCAGUGCAAGUGAUUGCAUCAGUUUCAUGCAGGCUGGCUGUGAGCUGAAGAAAGUGCGUCCCAAUUCCCGGAUAUACAAUCGUUUCUUUACCUUGGACACAGACCUUCAAGCUCUUCGCUGGGAGCCUUCUAAGAAAGACCUUGAAAAAGCAAAGCUUGAUAUUUCUGCUAUAAAAGAAAUCAGGCUUGGGAAGAACACGGAGACAUUUAGGAACAAUGGACUUGCCGACCAGAUUUCUGAGGACUGUGCCCUGUCUAUACUCCAUGGGGAGAAUUAUGAGUCUUUGGAUCUGGUUGCCAAUUCAGCUGAUGUAGCAAAUAUUUGGGUUUCUGGUUUACGGUACCUAGUUUCUCGAAGUAAACAACCCCUUGACUUAAUAGAAGGCAGCCAGAAUACUCCAAGGUUCAUGUGGUUAAAAACAGUAUUUGAAGCAGCAGAUGUUGAUGGCAAUGGGAUUAUGUUAGAAGAUACAUCUGUAGAAUUAAUUAAACAGCUCAACCCUACCCUGAAGGAAUCUAAGAUCAGGUUAAAGUUUAAAGAAAUUCAAAAGAGCAAAGAGAAACUAACUACCAGAGUCACAAAAGAGGAAUUUUGUGAAGCUUUUAGUGAACUUUGUACCAGACCAGAAGUUUAUUUCUUACUCGUCCAGAUAUCCAAAAACAAAGAAUAUUUAGAUGCCAAUGACCUCAUGCUGUUUUUAGAAGCUGAACAAGGAGUUGCUCAUAUAACUGAAGAGAUGUGUUUAGACAUUAUCCGAAGGUAUGAGCUUUCUGAAGAAGGGAGGCUCAAAGGUUUCCUUGCAAUUGAUGGCUUUACCCAGUAUUUAUUGUCACCAGAAUGUGACAUUUUUGAUCCUGAGCAAAGAAAGGUGGCUCAAGACAUGACCCAACCAUUAUCACACUAUUAUAUCAAUGCUUCUCAUAAUACUUAUCUAAUAGAAGAUCAGUUCAGGGGACCUGCUGAUAUUAAUGGCUAUGUUAGAGCUUUAAAAAUGAGUUGUAGAAGCAUAGAACUUGAUGUAAGUGAUGGACCAGACAGUGAGCCGAUCCUUUGUAAUCGUAAUAAUAUGACAACACCUCUUUCCUUCCGUAGUGUCAUAGAGGUGAUAAAUAAAUUUGCCUUUGUGGCUUCUGAAUACCCACUUAUCCUUUGCUUAGGCACUCACUGUUCUGUACCACAACAGAAAGUCAUGGCCCAACACAUGAAAAAGAUCUUUGGCAACAAGCUAUACACUGAAGCACCUUUGCCAUCUGAAGCCUACCUCCCUUCCCCUGAGAAACUGAAAAGAAAAAUAAUUGUGAAAGGAAAGAAGUUGCCUCCUGACCAGGAUAUGUUGGAAGGUGAAGUAACAGAUGAAGAUGAGGAAGCUGAAAUGUCUCAAAAGAUGUCAGAGGACUAUAAUGGUGAACAGAAAGUAAUGUGUCUCUGUAGAGAACUAUCCGAUUUGGUAUCUAUAUGUAAAUCUGUCCAAUAUAGAGAUUUUGAACUAUCUAUGAAGAACCAAAGUUAUUGGGAAAUCUGCUCAUUUAGUGAGACAGAAGCUAGCAGAAUUGCCAAUGAAUAUCCAGAGGACUUUGUAAAUUAUAACAAGAGAUUCUUAUCAAGGGUAUACCCAAGUGCUAUGAGGAUAGAUUCCAGUAAUUUGAACCCCCAAGACUUCUGGAAUUGUGGCUGCCAGAUUGUGGCAAUGAAUUUCCAGACUCCGGGUCCAAUGAUGGAUUUACAUACAGGCUGGUUUCUCCAAAAUGGGGGUUGUGGAUAUGUUCUCCGACCCUCCAUCAUGAGGGAUGAAGUCUCUUACUUUAGUGCCAAUACAAAGGGCAUUGUUCCAGGGGUCUCUCCUCAAGCCCUGCAUAUUAAAAUUAUCAGUGGUCAGAACUUUCCAAAACCCAAGGGAGCAUGUGCUAAAGGGGAUGUCAUAGAUCCCUACGUCUGUAUUGAAAUACAUGGUAUUCCUGCAGACUGUUCAGAACAAAGAACUAAAACUGUUCAACAAAACAGUGAUAAUCCUAUUUUUGAUGAAACUUUUGAGUUUCAAAUAAACCUGCCUGAGCUUGCCAUGAUCCGUUUUGUGGUCUUGGAUGAUGACUACAUCGGUGAUGAAUUUAUAGGACAGUAUACAAUACCACUGGAGUGCCUGCAGCCUGGCUAUCGGCACAUCCCUUUGCGCUCUUUUGUGGGAGAUAUCAUGGAACAUGUGACACUCUUUGUUCACAUAGCAAUAACCAACCGGAGUGGAGGAGGAAAGGCCCCAAAGCGCAGUCUUUCAGUAAGAAUAGGGAAGAAGGUUAGGGAGUACACCAUGCUCAGGAAUGUUGGUCUGAAAACCAUAGACGACAUCUUUAAAAUAGCUGUUCAUCCUUUGAGAGAAGCCACAGAUGUGAGAGAAAAUAUGCAGAAUGCAAUAGUGUCUGUUAAAGAGCUUUGUGGACUCCCUCCAAUUGCCAGCUUGAAGCAGUGCAUGUUGACUUUGUCCUCUCGGCUAAUAAACAGUGAUGAUACACCCUCUGUAUCUCUCAUUAUGAAAGAUAACUUCCCAUACCUGGAACCUUUGGGGACGAUACCAGAUGUACAGAAAAAGGUCCUAGCUGCCUAUGACCUGAUGAUUCAAGAAAGCAAAUUUCUUAUUGAAACGGCAGAUACCAUCCAUGAUAAGAUUAUUCAAUGUCAAAAAGCAGGGAUGGAAUUCCAUGAGGAACUUCAUAAUCUUGGGGCAAAAGAAGGUUUGAAAGGAAGAAAACUCAAUAAGGCAAUUGAGAGUUUUGCAUGGAACAUUACAGUACUGAAGGGACAAAGUGAUCUGUUGAAGAAUGCCAAGAAUGAAGCCCUGGAGAACAUGAAGCAGAUACAACUAGCAUGUUUGUCCUGUGGCUUGAGCAAAGCAGCUGCUGGUGGUGCUGAAGCAAAGAGCAAGAGAAGCCUCGAGGCAAUUGAGGAGAAGGAAACUGGAGAUGAGAAUGGAAGGCUCUAAACUGAGGCACAACUACUGGGCUUGUCCUUUGGGUCAAGGACUUGAAACUGUUUUUUAGAGCAUUUAGAAUUUCACAAAGAAUGCCCUCUCUAGGGUGUUGGAAGUACACAGAUUUUUCACAAUGUCAGUAUUUAAUUGUGGUUAAUUUAUCUAAGUUAAAACUUUUUGUAGCCAUGUUUUAAAAUAGAUCAAAGUUCUGUGUGUUUAUGUACACAGGUGUAUGCAUCUGAAGGAGAGAUUGGAUAAAAUCUAUUAUAUGUUGCAUCUCCAUGUACUAACUUAUUUUUCUCCCAGUGUUCUAAUAUCUGUUAAUUUUGAAAUUCUGAAGAGUAUUUCUUGUAACUAGGUUUUUACCUUAUUUUACUUUCUUGCUUUUGUCAUUUAAUUGAGAGCUCUUAAUAUAUCUUAUUGUUGAAGGAAGCCAAAUUUAUCAAUAGAUAGAUGUUUUGAUAGCUUAAAAUAUAAAUUAGAAUAAAUUCUCUGAAUCACACUAUCAAUGUGAAUCAAUAAAAACAAUAAUAAACCAGCAGAAUUUAUGGAUAGAUCACCAAAGCCAUUGCAUUCAGCCAUUGCUGUUUGAAAUUUAUUUUUUAAAAAUUCAUUUAUUAGAAUUCAGGGAAGUAAUGCACCUGAGACUAAUGAACACCUGUAACUUCAGUGGACAAAGCAAUCAAGAGUGAAAUAAUGGCCACCAAAGAGGGCCUUGGUAACACAGUGAAAGCUGUUUGCCAUUAGGAUUUUAAUGCAGAAAUGAUAUUUAGGAGUUCUGAAAUUUCAGAAAGUUCUUAAACUUUAUAAACCAUGAGCCAUGAGAUAGAUUUGUAUGAUCAAUGAGGAGCCAUUGAGUGUAUCUUCAUAAGAAUUUUAAUGAAGAGUGCCUGAUUGCUGUAAAAGUUACAGGAUUGUAAAUAGAGAGGUGGAAUGGGUCUCAGAUGUCAUCUAGGUCAGCCCCCUAGUUUUGCAGAUGAAAAAAUGGAGUCCCAGGAAGGCUAGAAAUAGCGCUAAAUAAAGGGAAUCACUAUUGCUAUCAUCAUCCUCAUUAUUAUUGUUGAGAUAGAUCUCUCUACCUUGCCCAGGCUGUAAGUUCAGUUAUCAUUCAUGAACCUGUUCCACUGCCUAUUGUCAUGGAAACUUUGACCUACUCAAAUUCCAAUCCAGACUAGUUCAUCCCUCCUUAGACAACUUAGUGGUUAACCUCUCAAGAAACUCAUUAUGCUGGUGCUGGACUUGGUGUGGACAUCUGAUUGCCUUUAGCCCUACUGUAGCUCAGAACUCCCUAGCUCAAGCAGCCCUCCAGCCUUAGCCUCCCCAGUAGCAGGGGUGCAUUUGUGUAUACUGCUGCCACACCCAGCUAAAAGAACAGCAUUCUUGUAAAGUGAUAGCAUAUUGAAUGAUACAGGUGUCUAAGAGUGGGGUAAGUUUUGAGAAAUAACCAAUUUCAAGGUACUUUUAACACACCUUGGAAGACACAUAGGUCAAUGAAGAGACAAAUUAGCCUUCCAUCCUGGUAGAAUCUGUGUCACUGUUGUUAUUCCAUCUUACUGAUAAUGUACUUGAGUGUAAUAUGUAUGUUAUCUCUGACAGAACAAUAUGUUCUAUGGUUAUAAAAAGAAUAUAUUUAUUUAAAGCAUUGCUUUUAUUUUGAAAAGCUACUUAAUUAAUUUGAUUAACAAAUGUGCUAAUUUUUUGAAUUUAAUGGAAGGUAAUUGUUGAAAGUUUGCCUAUCUUAAAAUCUAAUAUUGUUAGUGUGUUAAGUUAUUCUGACUUCCUCUUAAAAUUAUGUUCAUGUUGCACAUUACUGAGAGAGUAAAAAUAUGGAAAAAACCCUUUGACCUGUAUUUCUUUAGUGAACUAAUUGAAAAGCAUGGACUAUAAAAUAAGUGGAAGGAAGCAAGUGGGUAUCUAAGUAUUAUCUGGCCUAUAAAAUAUGAUACAAAAAGUUCUGCUGUUUCUCAGUGGGAGAGCUAUGAUAAGUGAUAAAUUAAGAUCGGAUAUUUUAUUAUAUAAAUGGUUUUUUUUAGUCCAAAUGGUGCCUCAGUGUCCUCAAAAUAUUUCAGUUACAACUCCAAAUGCCUUUUGCUGACAGAAGUGACAGUAUUUUUUAAAUGAGAGCAGGAUCAAUUUGUAUUUUUCAAGGGAUGCUAUUUUAUAACUUGUUUUUAACAUUUAGCACAUCUAAAGCUUGAACAUAUUUUUAUAUUUCCCUUAAAACGUGCUCACAUUUCUUUUUUCCUGGUUUUAGUUUGAAGAAAGGCAAAAGAUCCAGGUGGUUUUUAUUCUUGUAAUGAUAGAGGAGGUAAUUGGAGAAUGUGCAAUUGGCCUAAAUGUUGUGAUUUUACCUUGAUCAAAGAAAUAUAAGCUAAGAUCAGCAAAGAUCAUAAUUGCAAAAUCACCAAAUUUUUAUGGUUAGGAAUAAACUCAGCCAAAUUAAGCUGAAAAAUAAUUCCUAUAACCAUGUGCAGGGCAAGAGAUCGUCUAGCUUCUACUUGAAGAUCUCCCACUGGGCUUCUUAAGAAUCCUUGUUUAAAAAAAAUAGGUGCUAUGAUCUGCUAACUGGUUAUGAUUAUUAUUAUUAAAAUGAAAGAAUAUUUUAUAUUAAAUUUAUAAGGAAGUUAUACUUACUUAAAUUAUGGAUAGGGACGACUGUUUUAUAGUACCUCUCCUGAAGUUUUUCAUUAGGUGUGAGUAUAGGCUGGCUUCAAUUAAGGUUUUUAACUACACAUAAAGUUUCAUUUACCUCAUUCUAUUUAUACUAAGCAAUAUGACAUAAUGGAAGGAGGCCUGGCCUGAGAGUCAGGAUAGCUUGUGUUUUAGCUUAUUUUCAACAUAUACUAUUUGUGUGAUCCUGUUGUAUAACUUAUUGCUCCAAGAAACUCUUUAAGACUUUAAGAAUUAUCUAUUCAUUGCUAAUAUUCACUGAUGAAGGAGGUUUUUACACUUGCUUUCAGCAGUGAUGAAAUCACAGGUCCAUUUCCCUUUGUUCCUCCCACCCAAAACAAACAAACAAACAAAAAUUCUAUAUGAACUUAGCAAAACCUGUGCAUUUGGGCAACUACAUAGCAUAGAUGACAGCGUGUCAGCCCUAAAGCCAGGAAGAUUUCUCUUCCUGAGUUCUAAUAUCUCCUUAGACACUUAGCUGUGUGACCCUGGGUAAGUCACUUAAUCCUGUUUGCCUCAGUUUCCUCAUCUAUGAAAUGAGCUGGAGAAGGAAAUGACACAGAACUCUAAUACCUUUACCGAGAAAACUCCAAAUGGAGUCAGGAAGAGUGACUGAAAUCACUGAACAACAAUAAAAUAUUUUUUAUAACAUCUUGAGGAGGUCGGUAAGAUACUGCUGACAUGGUGCAGUCAGUUGGAGAAAGUGAGGCAAUCAUAACUUGCUUACUCUUGGAAGUCAGAUCUUCUGAAUCUGAGUGUCUUUUCUAUUUCAUCAUAGGAGGGUUAAUUGCAUGACUUUCAACUAAGAACAAGUGUAUUGGAGUUAUUCUUAUUUAGAGCAGUAAUCUGGGAUUUCAACUUCCUUAAACUCUACUUUCCCAAGUGCAAAGUGAAGUAUUGAGAAUAAGAGAGCACAGAACUUUUAGGGACAAAGCUGGCAGAGACUUUGGUCGUUAUAUAGUCCAAAUCUUUUAUAAAUGAGGACAAUGGUGGCCAGAUACAUUAUUUGCCCAAGAUUAUUCAGUGGUAAGCCCUUGGCGUCUUCAUCAACAUUCAUCCCACUGCACUCUGCUGUUUCCUUUCUUUCCAUGACAUGUUUUCAUCCAGAAAAAAAUAUUACUGGUGGGUUUGGGGCAUCCUAAAGCUAUGAAUCCUAAGGUCAUGGUUCAUUAAAAAGCCACAAGACAUUAUGGACAUGCCUUUAAGCAUUCAUGGGGUCAACUUUCUCUUUGAUGGCACCAUCUGGACAGUUCUGAUAUGGGCAACCUUUACUACAAUGAUAGAGAGGACAUAGAAUCUUCCAUUCUGUAUCCAUGUGUUUCUAAAUAUAUCACAUAAUAAUGCUUGUCUCUUUAGCAAAAUUUCCCUUUGGAAAUAAUGUACACUAUUUGCCAGAUUGCAGGUUUGCAAAUAGGUCAAAAACAAACAAACCAAGAAGUAACAACAAUUAAAUACAACAAAAUAACAAAUUCCAGCAUUUUUUUCAGAAGAUAUUAAUGACUUUUGAAAUCUAGGGAGGAAGAUAAGUAAAGCCCCGAUAUCAGGAAUUGACAAAACUUUUUUUUAAAGCUGGUUAGACUUUUUAUUUGGUU